AUGAAAGGCGCCAAAAAAGUUAAUGAAAUAUAUAGGCAGGUUGCCGCUAGUAAUUUCUCUGUCAUAUUAGGUACAGAAACGAGCUGGGACGAAAGCAUAAGUAGCGAGGAAGUUUUUGGAAGUCGAUUUAACGUUUUUAGAGAUGAUCGUGACAAAGCAGUAGCUAAUAAGAAAUCUGGCGGAGGAGUAUUAAUCGCAAUUAGUGCCAAUUACGAGUCGGAGCAAAUUUCAACCAGCAAGUGUAAAGAAUUUGAUCAUGUUUGGGUCAAAUCAUCAAUAGGGAAUCAGGUUCAUAUAUUUGCAACGGUAUAUUUUCCACCUGAAUAUGCUAAAAAAGAGUCAUACUUAAAAUUUUUCACUAUUGCUGAGCAAAUUAUUUCAAAGUUCAGUCCAGAGACAAAUAUUCACGUAUAUGGCGAUUUCAAUCAACGCUCUGUAAAUUUUGUUAUUGAUGACGAAAAUGACUCUCUAUUGAUACCAAUUGUGGGAGACAAUGAAACACUCCAAUGCCUUUUCGAAAACAGUUCUGAAAUUGGUCUCAAUCAAGUCAAUCAUAUUAGAAAUGAGAGUAAUUCCUAUUUAGAUUUACUUUUUACUAAUAUGACUGAUGAUUUUUGUGUGACAGAAUCAUUAAGCCCGUUAUGGAAAAAUGAAAAAUUUCAUACCGCAAUUGAAUUUUCCAUUUUCGUACAUAGUACCUCGGUGAGGCCUGAUGACAAUUUUUUCGAACCAAGCUUCGAUUACAAAAAUGCUAACUUUGAACUCAUUAAAAGAAAACUGAACUGUAUAGAUUGGCAGACUCUUAUUCGUGACUCAAACAUUGAUCAGGGUGUCGAUAUAUUCUAUCGUACUAUCUUCGAUAUAAUUGAACAGACUGUUCCUAAAAAGCGGAAGAAAGUGAACAUACAUAGAGUACCUGUAUGGUACAAUCAUGACAUAGUAAAUCUUAAGAAUAGAAAACAAAAGGCUCAUAAAGCCUACAAACGCAAUAGGAACGAUUCAAACCUUGCGUUCUACUUGUCUAUAUGCGAUCAGUUAAACUUAGAGAUUAAAAGAGCACAUGAAAGCCAUAUCAACAAAAUUGAAAGCAAUAUCAAGUCAGACCCUAAAUCGUUUUAUGAAUACGUAAAAGACAAACAAAAAUCCAACAACUUUCCAUCAAAUAUGCAAUUAAAUGAAAAGGUAGGAAAUAAUUCAGAUGAUAUAAGUAAUUUGUUCGCCGAUUUCUUCCAGAACAUUUAUACAACUCAUGAAAAUAAUAUAAGAGAUUACGAUUAUUUCUCUUUCCUUCCAGAACCGACCAAAGACAUUGCAGUAGAUAAUAUAUCUCCUAUUGAGAUUUUACAGCGCCUUGAAACCUUAGAUCCCUCUAAGAGUGCUGGACCAGAUGGUCUACCACCAGUCCUUCUGAAGUCACUUUCGAAAGAGCUAGUUAAACCACUUUUCUGGCUAUUUAACUCAUCUCUUAAGUCCAACUAUCUUCCGCAUAUUUGGAAAGAAUCUUUUUUAGUCCCAAUUUUUAAAUCAGGUAAAAAAUCUGAUAUCAAAAACUAUCGCGGAAUAGCCAUUUUAUCCUGUAUCCCUAAAUUAUUUGAAUCAAUAAUCAAUGACAAGAUAUUCUCUCAAGUCAAAUGUCUAAUAACUUGUAAUCAACAUGGUUUUUUCAAAGGACGAUCAACGACCACUAAUCUAUUGCAAUUUGUAACAUUUUCAAUUAACGCCAUGGAUAGAGAGCAUUAUGUUGAAACACUGUAGGCUUGGUUUCAAUCCUGGAUUGUUAAAGUGGAUACAAUCGUACCUAUCCGAUAGAACCCAAAGAGUGAGAUUUGAACAUAGUAUAUCCACAAAAAUAAUUGAGGUUACAUCCGGGGUACCACAAGGAUCUCAUCUUGGUCCUCUAUUGUUCAUUUUAUUUGUCAAUGAUGAAGAACGUGUCUUGAAUCGCCUCAAUGUUCUAAUAUAUGCUGAUGAUAUGAAACUGUUUCUUGAGAUAUGUAAUUCAGCAGAUCUUGAUGUAUUUCAAAACGAAAUAGAUGUUUUCCAUAACUGGUGUCAGAAAAACAUGCUUGAAAUCAAUGUUAAAAAAUGCGUUUCUAUUUCAUUUAUGUACAAGAAAAUAUACGGUUGAGCCAACAGCUAUUUACCUUAAUAAAAUACCAGUUGAACGAUGUAAGCAGGUUAGAGAUUUAGGUAUAAUUCUUGACUCUUAAUUGUGUUUUAAUGAUCACUACAACAACAUCAUAUACAAAGCAAGUAACAAGCUAGGAUUCAUAAAGAGAUUCAGUUACCAUUUCAAUGACCCUUACACAAUCAAGGCAUUGUAUGUUACAUAUGUUAGACCACUUCUUGAAUAUUGUAGUAUUGUUUGGGCUCCAUAUCAUGAAACGCAUAUAAAUCGUAUAGAGUCUGUUCAAAAACAGUUUUUGCUUUUUGCGCUUCGUAAGCUUGGCUGGACGACACUACCUUUGCCCUCUUAUGAAUCGCGAUGUUUGCUAAUAAAUUUGGUUGGUCUCAAAAAAAGAAGAGAAUUUGCCAUGAUAGCCUUCAUCAACGAUGUUAUACAUAUCACAGAAAGUCGACAGCGCAGUUAUGCUAGAAAAUCUAAAUUUUUACGCUCCCACUCGUCAACUAAGAAAUAGGAAUCUAUUUUAUAUUAAAUACCAAAGAACUGAUUAUGGCAUUAAUGGGCCUAUUAAUAGAAUGAUGUCGUGCUAUAAUAGUUAUUGUGAAGCAAUUGAUAUAACAAUGAAUAGAUCGAAACUUAAACAUGUUUUCUUUUCAAGAUACACAAGGCAAUAAGACAGGUGAAAAUAGAAAUUAAGAAUUUCAUUGUUACAGACGUUAUUUAUUAUAAAUUUUACUGUAAAAUUUGGUCUACGUAUUGAUUGACGACAAAUAAAUAAAUAAAUAAACUUUGGUUUCUAUUUUGGCCAAUCACGUGUAUUUCUUAUGGGAGUGGCCAAAUUAGAAGCACCCUGGCCAAAAUAGACAUAUGGGAGCUGAUUUUUUUAGGGAAAAUUAUUUUUUACUUCAGUUUUUUAUCAAAAUGUAUGGUUUUCAAAACUUUAAUCAUCAUAUUACUUUAGAAUCUACUAAAAAAUAAAAUUAUACCGAUUUAGGUCGUAGCAGGCUGAAUACCGCACUAUGGCCAAAACUCCGGGCUGGCCAAAACUGAAGCUUCUACCCUAUACAAAGUAUAAAAUGUUUUCGUUCACAGGUCUGGGCGUGGCA